AUGACUCGAACUUCUGCAUCCAAAAUGGAAUCAAAUAAGAAAACCAAAUCAAAUUUAGCAAAGAUGGAAUUAAAAAAAUUAAAAUCUAUUCUACCAACAUUAAAGCAAAAACCAACAACAACGCCGAUUGAAAUCGUCUUAGAAACUAUUCGUUAUAUUCGUCAACUAGAAGAUCAAUUAAUCGAUCGAUUUCAGAUGGAAUCAGUCCCAUGUACUUCUCGGACAUCAUUAUCCGAAAUGUCAACGGAUUCAUCAUUACUACAAGAUAUUUCUAAUACAGACUGA